CUGGCAGGGGUGGGAUGAGAUGGGCUGUGAGGUCCCUUCCGGCCCAAACCAUCCCAUGACUCUGUCCCUGGUCCCACCCCGCUGGAUCCCGCUGCUGCCCCGCUCCUCUCCGCAGUUCACAGCGAAGCAGCUGGAGAAGCUCUCCAAGAAAGCCGAGAAAGACUCCAAGGCCGAGCAAGCCAAAGUCAAAAAGGCCCUGCAGCAGAAGAACGUGGAGUGUGCCCGGGUUUAUGCCGAGAAUGCCAUCCGCAAGAAGAACGAGGGGCUCAACUGGCUGCGGAUGGCCUCCAGGGUGGAUGCUGUGGCCUCCAAGGUGCAGACAGCCGUCACCAUGAAAGGGGUGACGAAGAACAUGGCACAGGUGACCAAGGCUCUGGACAAGGCCCUGAGCUCCAUGGACCUGCAGAAGGUGUCAGCAGUGAUGGAUAAGUUCGAGCAGCAAGUGCAGAAUUUGGAUGUUCACACGUCGGUCAUGGAGGACUCCAUGAGCUCGGCCACCACGCUGAGCACGCCGCAGGAGCAGGUGGACAGCCUGAUCGUGCAGAUCGCCGAGGAGAACGGGCUGGAGAUCAUGGACCAGCUCAGCCAGCUGCCCGAGGGAGCCUCGGCCGUGGGGGAGAGCUCCGUCCGCUCCCAGGAGGACCAGCUGUCCCGGAGGCUGGCUGCCCUGCGGAACUGAGCUGUCCCCGUGCACGGCCCCGCUGGAGGAAUGGGACCCCCUCCUGCAGCUCCCCAGCACCACCCCGGCCCCCCCUGCCUCGGGACUCAUCUCAGGGGGGUGACACCCUGCCCUGAGCAGGCAGCGAUCCCGGUGGGAAUGUGGAACGCUGUGCUGGAUUGUGGGGGGCUGAGUUUGGGGGUGCUGCCUGGCAGAGCCCCACAUCCCGCUGCUGGUGGAACACUAAGGGGAUUUUGCUGCUCCCCAACUCCUCUGUUGUUCCCUGUCCCUGCCCAGAGCUGAGCUGUGGGCUGAGUUCCUCAGGAGCUGUUUGGGGAGGAGCAGGAGAGCCUGCGGGGUUCCCAGGCAGAGCUGUGGGAAGGGCCCCGUGCCCAGUUGUGGAUCUGGGGAGGUCGGUGCCUUGCAGGAAGGGGUGGUGACACCGGGGUGUCCCCUCCCUUGCUGUCACUGUCCCUGUGCCCUUUGCUGCUCGUGUCCGACACCCCCAGCCCCGUACCACGAAGUGCCCUUUGGAACGCCCCCCUGCCCAGCCCUGUGCGUGUCAAUCCUCACAUUCCCCAGGCACUGCCAGCUGGAAAUGGUUAUCCCGGCCCUGACUGCCAGUUUGGACCAGUGGGGACCCAUGUCCAGCGCAGGGAGCGGAUUGCAGCAGCUGUGGUGGCUGCAGACACGUCCCCAAAUGUCCCCCUGCUGGGUGGGUGUGGCAGGGAAUGCAAAACCAUCCCGGUAGCAGCUCUGUCUUGAUCCUUGUGCCUCGUCCCCUGGAUAUCCUCUGUCCCCUCGCUGCUGGCACCGGGCUGGGGGUGGGGGCUGUUGUCUGUGUCCCCUCCCACUGUUCAUCCCUGUCCCUUGUCACCUUCCCCUGGGGCUGGAGCUGUUUGUGCCCCUCCCGCGUGAUCCCCGGCACCGCGGAGCUGCUGGAUUGCUGGAAGCUCUCCAGGAAGAAAGCUCUGUUUCCUUUGGGUCUCCCAGGAGGAACUUUCACCUCUGGGAGAUGUCACGGGGGCCACCUCCCCGGCACAAACACUUCCCGCUGCGUUGAUUAUUUUUCCUGAGUUCAGUGGCCUUGGAGCGUGUGGCUGGUGACACAGAGCCUUCCUCGCCUCCGAGGAAGAGGAGGAGGAGGCAGCAGACCCUGGAGAAUUGUGUCUGGCUCCUGUCCCCGUGGCACUGGGGGCUCCAGACCUGCCCCCUGUCCCUCUCCCCAGGCUCUCUCUGUGUGGUUUCAUUGGUGGGUUUUUUUAUUUGCCUUCUUUUCCCCCAAACCGUGUCCAUGCCCUUCUGUGGGUUUAAAUAAACAAUCUCUGAACGCCCCAGUGUGUG